AAUAAAGAUUCCUGUCAUUAUAACAGUAUUUCCUCUAAAAUGACCAGCGUUAACUAACAAUGUUUCAAUACAGAGUGAACAUUAUGACCAUCAUAAAGAUAUCGUAGCACUGUUGUAUUACACUGCAUUAGGUUUAGCUAGGUGUAUAUAAGAAGCUAGCAACUGGUUGUAUUAUGGUAACAUGGUAUUUAUUUGCUCAGCCUGAAGGCUCCACUAUGAGAAGCUCAUCCCUCUGGGUUGUUUCCCGCCUGCUGCCUGUAACUCUGCCCCACCCCUUGCUGUGUUACUUGGUUUCAUAAUACUGCCUUUCCUGUGUGUGGAGCGUGCCCAAGCAGUCACUGUAGGAAUAGCUGGCCUGGUGAGGAGUCUCCUUAAUGCGAAGGCGAGAGAGGAUCAUCAAUCUCUGUGUCCUGUCUCUACCAGCCAUUCCGGUUAGUUGUCAUCCGUUUGCCGACCAGAGAAGAAAAGACAAUUCAUUCAUUGCAGCGUCAUUGGCGUCUGCGGCUUCUGUCAACAGCCAGACAACAUGCAGGAAGAGCUCCAGCUACUCCACAGCAGCAUUAGAGUUUGAGAAGGAGCACCAGAUUGCUCCCGUUUACGAGUCGCCCAGGAUGUCACGGCGGAGCCUGCGUUUGCAGACCAGUGCUGGUCACUAUGGCAACAAGAGCCUGGUUGAUUACUCCCAGAACCCCAGCAGCUACAUGAGCACCAGGAGAGAGACACGGGAGGUGCGGAGCAGAAGGCAGCAGUCCGCUUCCAAUUCCUUGUCUUUAUCUCUGAGCCAAGCUGACACACCACGGAAAACCCUCACCUUCUCAGCUGCUAGUACUCCAGUUAACAGCAGCUUUCAGGGGAGCAACACAGUGUGUGAUGCCUCUCAGCACACCUCCGUCCUGGAUCAGUCCCACCUGAGACAGCGCACCGUCACCACAACCACCACCAGCAGCAGCAGCUCUGUGCCUGUGGAUGGUCACUGGGGGAGGAGCUCCACAACACACCACGGUUCAGGUGUCAACGGUGAUGCCAGUGUGUCAAAGUCACACACGUCGCUUGCAAAUGGUUACAUCUGCCAUGACUGCUCUUUACACUCUCAGACGAUGGAUUCCUUUAUCACACAGUCUUCAUCAUCAUCUCAGGGUGCAGAAGCCUCCACAGAUGCCCUCUCCUCAUCAUCUUCACCACUCACAAGUAUUUACUCCAGAGACCGGAGUCAGAGGAACAAGACAGGCGUCCUGGUCUCUAUGUCAAACAUGUGUAUGCACUACAGCAAACGAGCCGUGGCUCCCAUAGUGUCCUUAGUCACCCUGCUCUUCAACAAUGUGCUCUGGCUGGGUUCAAGGGCCAAGAGCACUUCAAGAAAAGGUGUCCUUGUAUGGAUUUCGGACUCAAUGAGACAAGUUGUGUCCUCCAGUUUGUCCCAACUGUGGCUGUUUAAGCAGACCACUCUCCACAGGAUGGUGGGCUACAGGGCUAAUGGCUAUGAAGGACAAGGAGCCGGCCAUGACUGCAAAGCACACUCAAGUUUCUGUGGAAGCAUGAAUGUGAAGGAUCUGGUGACUGAAGAUGAAUCACAUCUCACUUUCAAUGGUUCCCUGUGUGAUGACUGUAAAGGGAAGCAGUAUUCUGAGACACGCACCGUCCUCCUCACACAGUCCCCCCAGCCCCGAGGCCUAGUGGGGGCUCUGUGCAGCCUCCUAGCUUACACAGGUUACUGCCUCCUCCAGCCUGGUUACUGUGUGGUGAGAGCAGGCAAAGCUUUGGGAUCAGGGGUUGGGACAGUGGCUCAGAAGUUGCUCUCACUGCUCUGGAUGCUCCUGGCAGCACCAGUGAAGGCAGGCCGGGGACUCCUGUGGUUUCUUGCAGAAGGAUGGUACCAAUUGGUGUCUCUCAUGUCUCUCCUCAACGUCUUCUUUCUGACACGAUGCCUUCCCAAACUCUGGAAGCUCCUGCUGCUCCUGUUGCCCCUCUUGCUCCUCCUCGCUUUAUGGUUGUGGGGUCCGUCCACUGCUGCCCUGAUUGCCUACCUCCCAGCAAUUAACCUAACUGAGUGGCGUCCUGCGGCAUCUAACUUGGUGCCACUUCCUGCUCCCGCUCCUACCCCAGAGGAUGCAGUGAAACAGAACCCUGCCAUCGUGGUCUCAGAGGCACCGGUAACCUUUUCUCCAGUGGUGGGCUCUAGUGUGGACUUGCAACGUCUUGAACACGUGGAGCGCCAGCUAGCCCUGCUGUGGCAGCGAGUCCAGCAGGAUGACCAGAAGCAGGAACAGCGUCAUGUGGAUGUUUUGGGGCUCUACAGCUCUCUGAGGGAGCAGCUCCAGACUCAGACUGACAGGGAGACUUUGAAACCGUUUGUGUUCACACUGCUGGAUCAGAGGCUCAGCGUGCUGCGAAAAGAGCUGGAGCAGGAGACCACACACCGAGACCAGAAUUUAGACCAGUAUAAGAAGGAGCAGGAGAGUCAGGCAGAGCGACUGGCUGCUUUAGGUUCGCUGCUCAGUGUUCUGGCUGCCAAGACCGAGCGGCAGCAGCGGUAUGAACACCAGGAGCAGGAAAGAGAGAAAGACAGCACAGCUCCUGUCAGUGUGGGUUUGAAGCAGGAGGACCAUGAUGCUCUGCUGGCAGAGGUGCACAGACUUCAGGUAGACCUGGAUAAAAUCAAACAGGACUUGCAGGGUGUUUUGGGAUGCAAGGGCAAGUGUGAGCAGCUGGGCGCACUGCAGGAGACGAUAUCAGCCCAGGUAUCCUCACAGGUGCGCAAGGAGUUGCAGGCUCUGUUUUUUGGCAGUGGGGGGUCUGGAGAGCAGCAGGGAGAGGUUCCUGAGUCUCUGAUCCACUGGCUGUCCCAGCGCUACGUGAGCACAUCCGACCUACAAGCCUCACUGGCCUCGCUGGAGUCGAGUAUCCUGAGAAAUGUGUCACUGCAGCUGGAGCUUAACCAAGCCCAGACCCUGGGAGAGGCUGAGUCUCAAGCCAAGGCCAUUGUUCAGACGGUAACCGGGACUGUCCAGCACACCGCUGCUGCUGAGGGACUGACAGAAGAGCAAGUGAAGCUGAUCGUCCAGAAUGCUCUGAAGCUGUACUCUCAGGAUCGGACAGGCCUGGUGGACUAUGCCCUGGAGUCUGGAGGUGGCAGCAUCCUCAGUACCCGCUGCUCUGAGACUUAUGAGACCAAGACAGCGCUCAUGAGUCUGUUUGGUCUGCCACUGUGGUACUUCUCCCAGUCGCCACGUGUUGUCAUCCAGCCUGAUGUGUACCCAGGUAACUGCUGGGCGUUCAAAGGCUCCCAGGGUUAUCUGGUGAUCCGGCUAUCCCUGAGAAUCCUGCCCACAUCCUUCUGCGUGGAGCACAUUCCCAAAGCCUUGUCCCCAACUGGAAACAUCACCAGUGCCCCACGCAACUUUACUGUGUUUGGACUAGAUGAUGAGUACCAAGAAGAAGGGAAGAUGCUAGCCCACUUCACAUAUCAGGAGGCUGGGGAGUCGCUGCAAACCUUCCCUGUUACGGAGCAGAACGACAAGGCCUUCCAGAUCAUUGAGGUGCGGGUGCUGUCUAACUGGGGUCACCCAGAGUACACCUGCCUGUACCGCUUCAGAGUCCAUGGUGAACCUCGGCCUCAGUGAACCAACCACUAACAUACACACUCAUAUAAGACAUAUCACCCUGUCUGUAAAUAGCUCUCACCAACUUCUUGAAAGCAGAGGGGACUCCGUGGUACUUUGUGGACGUUUUUGAAUUAAAGAUUUUAAAGACACAAAGGUGCGAAUUGUUACUGGAAUGUGCCCUGGAUGAAUAAUGAACAUGUUUUGUAAUACUGAAAGAAUUACAGAAAGGUCUGUAUGAGGGCUGUGUCGAACCGUAGAAGAGGAACAGAACCACAGAAGAAGCUAAAAGUCUCAGUCCCCUUUUUGUAAAAGGCCUCUUGCACUGAAUCAGCCCAUGAGGGAGCCAGGCUCCACUGAAUGGACAAAUCCAUCCCCCUCUUGGCACCUUCCACUUUUACAAGGAGGUGGAUGAUUGAAAUGAGGGAUUACUGACAUCUUCACCAUUUCCUCACAUGCUAUAUCUCAUUCUGAUUUAGUUUUUGUUCUUAGUUGUCUAUACUUUGUUUUCCUUUUAGUCUACAGUACUACGUAUUUUCAGGAUCUUAGCCAGUGCAUCUUUGCUUGCGGCACUGUCCAGGCAUGUCAUUCUCUUCGUUGCUGCGCAGAGAACUGGAGCACACUCACAUGUAAGGUUCACUACAUUCAAGGCUUGCCAUCAUGCCAUAUAGCCAUAAUUAAGUUAUUUUUUUAAUGAACAUGCUGCCUAUGGACAAGCUCUGAAUGUUUUCUCGAGUGGAGGCUUGAUGCGAGUCAAACUUUAACUACACAGCAACACUAACCACUGACCUGGGCUCUAGGUGUUUGUGGUAUUAGGAGGCUCUUCACUAUGUACAUUAGACAUAAUGUGUGUUUGCUUAUGGGUGGACUCCAGGAUUAAUGUUAGCAUGUUACCAUACUCUAACCUUUAUAUGCAUCAUGGAUUUACGUCUUCUCUCUGCAGAUCAGGUCCUGUGCCUGAAUCUCAAGUUACCAAUUAAUGCCGAAAGCUAAAUAAUAUAGCUACGCCCGCACACAAGACUGAUUUUUCUUUUCCUUUUCUAUCAGAAGAGGGCUCCUUCUGGUUUUCUUGCUCAGUUAUAAACACCCUCCUCCCAUGGGCUUGAUCUGUCCUGAAACUCUGAUGGAAUGUAAUUUGUAUAUUUCACUGUUGAUAGUUGGUCCUUUUAUAAGAUCUACUUUUAUCAGUGUUUCUUUAUAAAUACCAUCCUGUCAUUACCAUCAUUAUUGUAUUACUACUAUUAUUUCUACUGUUGCUCAUGUUUUUUUGCUUUUGUUUUGUGGGUUGUUUAUUAUGUUAGAGGAUGCACUGCAACAACUUGUUAAAGACAUGUUUGUGGCACAGGUCUCCACAGUUGGUUAAAAAAAAUGGUGGGAGGUGUCAAAUUUUGGAUGAAAAUGUAAGGGUAAGUCUAAAAUGUGUAAAAAUAUUCAAUCUUAUUUAUUAACAAGUCGAUUAGUUAUUGCAAGAUGGAUUGCUGCAAUGUAUAUUUUGUCAGAAGCUCUUCAGUGCAUUUUGGAACCUUCUCGGGACUUUUUUUUUAUGAUAAAUUGCUAUUUUUGUUUAGUCAUGAAAUGACUUAACUGCUUUGGAAUAU